AUAAUCACAAAUUUUGUUUUCAGUUUUGUAACCCUUUGGUUAAAGCUGUAUACAAGUGAUUUGAUUUAUUUUUUGUGUGGUUUUGGCCUGCAGGGGCCCGCACGUAAGUAAAAUGGUUAGUCAAGAGAAGCCGGGAAUACUAGGAUGCGUAGUGGUGGUUGUCGCCCUUGUGGGCAUUGGCCUGUUAGCGGGAGGAAUUGGUUCUAGCUAUUGGAUCGUUAUACCCGGUAAGGAUUUCGUUCACAAAGCCAAUGCCAAGUUUUUGUUGAAGACAAACAAGAGCAUCGAAGAGUACACUACUAACUGGCCAACAUAUCAGGCACAGUUUAACGCGUUGGCACAGCAAAGAAUCCAACUCGGGAUAACCAUAAAUACCCUGAAGACCAACUUGGCAGCUGCAAUGGCGGGAAGAAAAAAACGCAACGUUGUGACAACUCCUGACCCGUCCGAUGAUGCUACAACAGCCAACCCAGCAUCGCCAGUUCAACUAAUACAGCAAGGACUCCAGCAAGCUAUCGCCGGCAUAACGCAGGUAGCCAUUGGAAUGGGUGGACUACAAGGUUUGAAUGCGACGAAAAACGCUGUUUCAACGAUGGAAAAGAUGUUAUUACAUGGUGGCUUCUUUUCAAUGUGUUAUCAUGUUGGCAGCGAAAUGGAAGGUGGACCAGCAAGUAAAUUCAGGGACGAAGCACUUGAUGAACCUUGCAAGCCAGACUACAUCGACCCGAACGCAACCAUACCAACUACUGAAUCGGUCAUCGAAAAAACAAAGAAAUGUAACGCAAAUGGAUUGGCUAAAGUUGUUUCGGGGACCGUUGGUUUCUUUGGAGGAGUGCUCAUGGCAGCCACUGCUCUAACCCUCAUUCCAACCGCCCUCAUGUUAAUAAACGUGGUGAAACCUCAAGCAAGAAGUGGAUUGUUUAACGGACUAACUCUCGGCAUAAUGUACCUUGUGCUUGGUGUUCUUGCUAUCGGCUUCGUUGUGUUCUACCAGAUAAAAAUCAUCGGGUCUUACCAUGAGCAAGAUUUGGAAGGAACCCACACCGGGCAUGCAUGGACUUAUGCUCUCGUUGGCGGAUGCUGUGUUGCUGUAGCUGGCAUUUUAAGUUUCCUUAUCCGUCCCAACAGCGAAGUGUCUCCGUAGAGAGAUUGCCUUCACUUGUAUGUCCCGUCUAAUGUAUGUACCAACAGCCUAAGUCAUUUGUGUCGAACUGCGACCGAAGACCUUCGGGAUUAUAAUGACGUCACGGAAUCGUUGAAAUACGGAAUGACACCUAUACCAAUGGUUGAUCCGCUGUCUCGAAAAUGUUUGAAAAAAGUUGAUUGCCCGUAAUGUGUCGUUUGCGCUGUAAAAUAAACUACUUGUUUAAUUG